UCAUUUGGGGAGGAUCUACAGCCUAUAGGUGGAAUUACGCACUAACUGUUCUGUCAGUAUCUGGAUCUGUGGAAAGAACUGCGGCGGUAUGGAGGAGUCGGUUCUUCUGGAAGAACAUGAGAACUUUUCUCUGUAUUUAAACCCUGUGGAACAUCAACACUGUUCAGAAUGGAGUAAAGACACAGAAGGACCAUUCUUUCACCUUGCUCAUAUGAUGCUGUUGUUUGGUUUUAUGGGUGGUAGUGGACUUUACGGACUGCUCUACAUGUUCAGCUUUUUGUCGCUGGGCUUUUUGUGCGCCUCUGUUUGGGCAUGGUCCAGUCCGUGCACCAACGAUGCUUUCUCGUGGGCAUUUGUGCUGUUUGUGAUUUGUGUUGUUCAGGUGGUUCAUGCUGCUUACAGACUGAGGAGUGUUUCGUUUAAUAAAGAGUUUCAGGAGCUUUACGCACGUAUGUUUAAAAGGUUGGGAGUGUCGCUUAUUCAGUUCGGCAGGAUCGUUUCUUCUUGUGAGCAGGAGAUCUGCACUAUUGAAAAGGAGCAUUACUUUGCAAUGGAGGGCAAAACUCCCAUCGAUAAACUAUCUAUUCUUCUCUCAGGCAGAAUACGAGUGACAGUGAAUGGAGAAUUUCUACACUACAUCUACCCCUUCCAGUUUCUGGAUUCUCCAGAGUGGGACUCUCUCAGACCAUCCGAGGAGGGAGUUUUCCAGGUUACACUAAAGGCAGAUGAUGACUGCAGAUAUGUCACAUGGAGGCGGAAAAAAUUAUAUCUGCUCUUUGCCAAACAUCGCUACAUUGCCAAGAUUUUUGCGUUGGUGGUACGCAAUGAUAUUGCUGAUAAGCUCUACUCUCUGAAUGACAGAGCACUGGACAAGCAGGGCUUCCAUUAUGAUCUGCGCUUACCCAGCUUCUGCCAUAAGGAGGACUAGAUACUCAUAUACAUACUGUAUAUACACACUGCACUAAAGUCUUAAAAGAGUCCAUCAGAGUGGGACAUUUCCAUGAACUGAAAUGUGAGCAGGGUUGUGGUGGGUCUAGAGCUGUCAAGAAAUACAGUUGGAAAUAUACCCUGAUCCAUCAUCGCACCAUGUGGUGGCACAUUAAUUUACUUAUUCACACAUAGUGUAGGAACACUGUAUUGCAGCCUGUGCAUCUUCUGACAAAGGGUUCUGAGAAAACCCGGGCAGAUGGACAACAUGGGACAGUGGUAGCUCAGUGGUAAAGUUACAGAACUAGAAAUAGGUUGCUGGUAGUUACUCAUUACACUAGGCUAUAUCUAACACAGUCAUGGACAAUUUAGUGUCUCCAGUUCACCUCACUUGCUUGUCAAAACCCACGCAGACACGGGGAGAACAUGCAAACUCUUUCAAUACACAGAAAGGACCCGGACCGCCCCACCUGGGGAUCGAACCCAGGAUCGUCUUGCUGUGAGACGACAGUGCUACCCACUUAGCCACCGUGCCGCCCCAGUCAUGUUUGUAAGCUGUUUAGUUUAAAAUGCGUUUAGCUAAUUGCCGCAGAGGUGAAUGCAAAUGUAAACAUGACAGAAAUGAACUGGAAAUGAGGUUGAACCCUUGAACCACAAAGUCCAUGCUGCUUUGCAGCUCCCAAAACACUACCAUGCUGCCUCUUUUUUUCAUUUUAACUGGAUUGUAUUGCAGCUUAAUAAAAAAGGGUAACAUUUACC